ACAUUUUUGUCUUUCUCCAGGCAUGAAUAUAUCAAGAUGGGCUCUGUUUUGGGGAUGUGUUAUGUUAGGUAUUGCCUUUCUUUCUCAAUUGGAGACUGACACUUCUAGAUGGGCGUGUUCUCAGACAGGUGUCAUAGAUGUCAGCCCAGAUGAACUCUUUGCCUUCCUCACUCAGCCUGAUCAUGUCACCAAAUGGUUUGCAUGGGUCUCACAUCUGAAGGCAGGAGAUUCAAGACCUAUUGGGAUUGGGAAGCGUUACUAUGCCAUCUACAACAUUCCUUUCUAUGGGGAGUAUGCAAUGAUGAUGAAAGUGACAGAGUGGAAGGAGAAUAGACGGAUUGCUUUAUCAUCUGACAAUCUUUUCAAGCCCCGGAUGGAAGUGGAAUUUGAGUCCACAAAACUUCGUUCCACAAAACUCACUUUUGUCCUCACCUUCACAAGGCCUUCUCUCCUCUUUCAGACCGUGAUGGGCCCAGUGUUGUAUUUCCUGAGCAAGCAGCAGUUGCGUCACUCACUCCUCUUUCUCCAGAUGAUGUUUACUUCAUGAUCCAUCUUGUCUUGCUCCAGUAUUGCCUGCCCAUGCAAGAUUAUAUCCUCCUGAGCAUUUUGAAACCCCUAUGGCAUAGAACUAUCUUUAGCCAGAGAUAUCUUUUUCUAUCCAUUUGAGUGUACUGAUACGUACUUAACUACUGACAACAAUAACCUGGAGCAAUAAGUUUUUCUAUGUAAAUCCUAAGCCAUGAUUCCACUGUUGUGUUCUGCCUCAAGGUCUCAUAUUAAUGGAUAUCUCACUGAGUCUUAGUACAUAUCCUGAACUAAAAGCCAUUUCUGAGGUUAGAGCAUUGAAGAAGAUAGCACUGGAAUCUGACUAGCUUUCCAUUCCAGUACUGUUAAUUACUGCAAUUUAGACUUUUAGUUUUUUUUUCUUACCAAUUUAUAAAUUCUCCAUCCUUGCCUUUACCAAUGUUGAAUCUGACAAAUUUUUGUUUUACAUUCCUGAAACAUGAUAAUCAUUCCCAUUUAAGUUUCCCUUGGAUCUGAUGAAAGUUCAGACAGAUAUAUCCCCCAGUCCCAGAUUCCUGGCCAAUAGAGCUAGGAAUUAGUGACAUUUGAUCCAUCUGUUUUGCAGUUUUGGUCUCAGUCCCCCUUUAACUUGUUGAGGAAUGAGUUUGUUUGGUUUUUUUUAAAUAGGGGGACACAUUUGAGGGGUACAUAAUGGUCUGUUCUUAGGAAGGUUACUCAUAAUCUGUGAUCAUAAACAGGCCCAUGGACAAAGCUUAUGUGGUCAAGUCCAAAAAAAACCCUCUGAAUGCAGUAAGCCACAUCAAUUGUUUAGACGCAGAGAAAUGUAACUUGCAAAGUUUGAAACCAUGCUCGUACAGUCAUAGUCCUUAAUGGGUUGGUUCAUUCAUAUGUGAGAUUUAGGCCUUACUGGAGUGUGAUGGAAGGCAUUGAUCCAGUACUCUGUGAUUUUUAGAUUUUUAGGGUAGCUUAAUAAUCAGCCCCC